CCAACCGAUUUUCGAACGCAAAUGCAAAUUGUUUAACAUGUGGAAAUUUUUAAUCAUUUGUGUCGUAAUGAGCGCUUUGAAUAAUGAAGGUGACGCCGCAUCCAGUCGCACUCCAGUUCGUCGUCGUCGAGGCUAUGCUGGAAGCUAUGCGGGCAGCAGCGCGAGCAGUGAUGGAGGAGUAGGUGGUUACGUGGGUGGUUACAAUGACUACGAUGAUUACAACAACUACGCACCACACUUUGGCAUUACGGAUCCCUAUCUCUUCCACCAGCAGCUGACUAACCACAUUCUGGCCCAGAACUAUGCGAACCAACAAGCUAUAACGGGUCUGGCCGCCUCUGGUAAUGCUUUUGUGUCAGCGGAUGCAUCGAUAAGCAACGAUGACACUCGCAUCCAACAGCAAAUUGCCGCCCAGCAAGCCUUCCAUGACAACCUAGCCUAUCAGAACAGAUACCGCGGUGGCUCUAGCGGUGGCUCCAGCGGUGGUUACAGCGGUGCUUCCAGCGGUGGUUACAGUGGUGCCUCUAGCGGCUCUGGCAGCGGUGGCUCCUACAACUCACAUCGCUAUGCGCCUAGUUAUGCCCUUGCCUCCGGCUCCAUUGGAUCGAAUGGUCACAGACAGACCGCCUAUAUCAGUCCUGCCAACCCGGCCUCGCCCAACAUUGUCAAUCGCUUCGGCUCCAGCUCUAGCUCCAGCUCAAGUGGAGGUGGCGGCGGCGGUGGCGGUUACAAGGGCGUCUCCGUGAGCUCUUUCAGCAGCAGUAAUGGCGAUGGCACUAGUCGACGUGGAGCUCAGACCACCAUCAACGAUAAUGGCAAGGUGACGUCUUACUCUGUGCACUCCUAAAGAUGAAUUUCUUCGGUGCAAUUCGCGAGGAAAAUCAACUCAAUUUUAUUUUUGGUGUUUAGCAUUUUAUAAAACUUUACAUUUGGAAAGCAGUUAAUCAAAUUGCAUUUGUAUGUGUUGAACACAAAUAUAUACAUAUUAUAUAUAUCUAUAUUUAAAUAUACACAAUCUGCAUGACUUUCUCAUUUAA